GUUCGUUAAAUGUAAGUUCAUUUGUUUCUACAUAAGUAUGAACAUUUGCAUUCAAAGUUGCAAAUUUCAGGUUGUCAGAACAAUGCUUUUUGGAGUGUAACACCCACCGCAGAAUGGAACAUAUACGAAUCAUUGGUGCUUAACCUUUGUGAAAAUGGCUCAAACGAGGCAUGAAAAUGAGCUUGGCACAGCUUCGGACAAAUGCCAAAGAACAAUUGGUGAUGAAGAUAAUGGAAGCAGUUACCUACCCACUUCUAAAAAUACAACUACCUCAACUGGAAGAAAAUCAUUUUCCAGAAGGAGGUCAUCAUGUUUUGACACUCAGGCAGAAAUCAGUGGAUCAACAAGUAACAAGAACACUAAUCAUCAGUUGGGUGUUGAAGAAAGUGGAACUGCAGCUACUUCUACUAAAGAGUGCAUGCAGAAAUUGAAGUUGGAAAAAGAAGCAUGGCGAACAAUGUGUGAAGAAAGGAAGAAAGCUUAUGAAACAAUGAAAGAAAAUUUAAAUUCCAAGCCUCUGAAACUUGACUGGGACAACUGUGCUGAUGCCUUGUCGGAUGAAGAUAAACAGUUUCUUAAUGAUCAUCCACAGUAUGAAAAUAUUGUUGCAAAGAUGAACCAAGUGGCUGAAGUGGCAUCCAUUUGCACGCACAUGAGAUAUAAAUCUGCCCAUACGUCUGCUAAAAUAAUAGCAACAGCCGAACAGCAGGGAGUGGCUCUUAAGAAGAAAAUAGUUAAAUAUGUAGAGUCAUAUUAUAUAUGAGGGCUAUGUAAGACCUUGGCUGAAACAAAAGGCUAGACUAAUACUAAGCUCUUUUAACCUUCAUCAUAUGGUGAUAGGGAAUUUAAACCCCUGUACUACAGACUGUUAACUCCAGGGUUAACUGUUUAUCAGUAUGCUACUUCAAUGCACAGCAAGCUUGACCAUGUGUAAGCCAUGACACAUGACUGAUAAAGGCUGUCACUUGUUUGAGUGCAUGCGUUGUAUGCUUGAGUCUCUUAGAACAUCCACGUUAAUUGAACGGCUGUUAACUGUAAUAAAACUAUAAGUGACUUCAGAUGUCUUUUUGGCAGUCUAAAUAUUCUAGCUUUGUACUUUACAUAUCUUGUGUUUCAUACCAUAAAAUAUUGGGAAGGUUGCAUAGUUCAUGUUAACAGAUUCAGGAAUGAUUUGAGAGCAAAUGCAGUAGGCCGGUGUUUUAAAGUUUUUGCAGGAAGAUGUUUUGCAAUGAAUUGAGUGAAAAAGAACAUCUUCUAUGAAGUCAUUUUGACAAACUAAGUGCUAAUUGCUGCUGUGAGGCACACUGGGUAAGGGGUGAUGAUGCACAUACAAAAAUUAAGAUGGAGGGGCAGUGUUAUCUUUACUUACGUUUCUUCGAGUCUGGGUCUGUUAUUUUACCUUUCAAACAAUAUAAACAUUCAGUCGAUAUGUGAUUUGGUUCUCAUGGUGGUCAAGAUGACAAUGUUGGUCUUCUGGCUUGUAAUGCCAUACAGGUUUGUAGUUAGAUAUCGACAGUUCAGAGGAAUGUGCCUCUUGUAUAUUCGCAAAUCCACGUGGCAUUACAACACAUAAGACCAACAAUGACAUUCACAGCAGAUCUUAGUAGCUGCAACUGUUUAUGAAAGACAAGUAGGUAACAUGCCAUUGCAUAUGUUUAUAGUUCACAAGAAAUCUCCAGAAUCUGUCAGUACAUAUUAGAAGAGGAGAGCAACAAUGUUAAAUUGCUAAGUUGACAUAUGUUAACCAGACAGUGUGAACAUGAGGCUGUAUGUGUGUGUGCAUGGUACAUACAGACAUGUAUUCCUGCUACAUGAAAGAGUAUCACUGUGAGGAUAAUUGUAACAAAUAAGUAAUUAUUAACAUUAACCCUUUAAAGAUGCACAGAACACUGUAGUAUUUUCCUAGGAGAUAUGUUUAAAUGCCCUGUGCAGUUAUCUACAGUAAAUUAAAUGUCUACUUUUGCAUUUCUGUGCCUCUUUACUGAUACAUAUUUCAAUAAUUUAUUACAAUACGGCAAUGCAACAAAAACAUUGUGAAGUUUUAUGAAAAUAGCUGUUAUUUGUAUAAAUUCAUUAUUUUUAUGCAUGUUUUACUGUUUUAAAAUGUAAAGAGGAAUUAAAGCUAUAAUAGUUAUAAAAAAUACUAUAUACAUUAAACACUUCAAAUUGGCAAUACCACACGACUCUGUAGAGUACAGUUUAGAGUUCAUAGCACAUUUAAAGAUCAUCAUUCAGGCUGGACUUUCCAGCAAUGCACUGUAGCCAUUUUUACUUCUAUCAUGUCAAUUUAUUUGGAACAUUUAUCAUCAAUAUAUUCUGGUAUGCCAUCUGUACAUUCAAUAUCAUAGUCAUUAGAGUACAUUUUUCAGAUUUGGAAAUAAAACAGACAAUUCAAUCUUA